AUGGCCCGCACCAAGCAAACAGCCCGCAAAUCCACCGGAGGCAAGGCUCCUCGGAAACAACUUGCCGCCAAGGCAGCACGCAAGUCGGCCCCGUCCACCGGAGGCGUCAAGAAGCCUCACCGAUACCGUCCCGGGACCGUAGCCCUUCGAGAGAUCCGUCGAUACCAAAAAUCCACCGAACUCCUCAUCCGCAAAUUACCUUUCCAGCGUCUGGUCCGGGAGAUUGCACAGGACUUCAAGACCGACCUGCGCUUCCAAUCCUCCGCGGUCAUGGCCCUCCAGGAAUCAGCUGAAGCCUAUCUCGUCGGAUUGUUCGAGGACACCAACUUGGCCGCAAUCCAUGCUAAGCGGGUCACCAUUCAGCCCAAGGACAUUCAACUGGCCCGCAGGCUGAGAGGAGAACGAUCCUAG